AUGUACCAUCCACGGGAGUUGUACCCCUCCCUGGGGACCAGCUACCGCCUGGGGCCCCCCCAGCCUGGGGCCGACUCUACCUUCCCGCCUGCCUUAGCAGAAGGCUAUCGCUACUCUGAUCUGGAUGCCCCCAAACUGGACUGCUUCCUCCCUGGAAUUGAGGCUGCUCCCCGCACGCUGGCCGCACCCCCACCUUUGCCCCCUCUCCCUCCUGUACUGGGCACUGAGCCAGCCCCUCCAGCCCCAGAGGCCCUUCACUCACUUCCUGGCGUCAGCCUGAGCCUGGAGAACCGGGAACUGUGGAAGGAGUUCAACUCCGUGGGAACAGAGAUGAUCAUCACCAAAGCUGGGAGGCGCAUGUUCCCUGCUUGCCGAGUGUCAGUCACUGGCCUGGACCCUGAGGCCCGUUACCUGUUUCUUCUGGAUGUGGUUCCAGUGGACGGGGCCCGUUAUCGCUGGCAGGGCCGGCGCUGGGAGCCCAGUGGCAAGGCAGAACCCCGCUUGCCUGACCGCGUCUACAUUCACCCUGACUCUCCUGCCACCGGUGCCCACUGGAUGCGGCAGCCUGUGUCCUUUCACCGAGUCAAGCUCACCAAUAGCACACUGGACCCCCACGGCCACCUGAUCUUGCAUUCCAUGCACAAGUAUCAGCCCCGCAUACAUCUGGUGAGGGCUGCCCAGCUUUGCAGUCAACACUGGGGGGGUGUCGCCUCUUUCCGAUUCUUGGAGACCACAUUUAUCUCUGUGACAGCCUACCAGAACCCACGGAUCACACAGCUGAAGAUCGCAGCCAACCCCUUUGCCAAGGGCUUCCGGGAGAAUGGCAGAAACUGCAAGAGGGAGCGAGACGCCCGUGUAAAGAGGAAACUUCGGGGCCCAGAGACAGCAGCCACAAAAGCCUAUGGGAGUGGAGAUGCACCUGGUGGUCCCUGCGACUCCACACUGGGUGGGGACGUCCGUGAGUCAGAAACAGAACAGGUCCCGGCACACCGGGAAGCUACCCUGGCCCCAGUACCUCCAUGCGGUGGCUCCAGUGCCGAGGCCUACCUUCUCCACCCUGCAGCUUUCCAUGGGGCCCCUGGUCCUUUGCCAACCAGGACCAACUUCCCUGAGGUUCCGGAAUCUGGACCUGGACGCUCAGCCUCCUACUCAGCUGCGUUCCUAGAGCUGCAGGCCGGGCCUGGGGGCUCAGGGUACCCAGUGGCUCCAUCCACAGCACCUUUUGCCCCACAUUUCCUUCAAGGGGGCCCUUUCCCCCUAUCCUACCCCGGGCCUGGGGGUUACCUGGAUGUGGGCUCCAAACCCAUGUACUGA